UUGGAACAGCUGUUCGGAAUAAACAGUUAUUAGCUGGUAUAUCUUAUUUAAUUCUAAAUAAAUAAGCCGCUAUAUGGGUUCUAAAAUUGUUUAUAAAAUAUUGGACUAUUAAAAGUGUUUACAAAAUGUUUAGAUUGUAGGUAUCAUACUCGAGUACACCAGCUGAUAGAAGAUAGAAUGGGAGAGAAACUAGAACUGAAGCUCAAGUCGCCGGUUGGAGCCGAGGCUGCGGGAUAUCCUUGGCCAUUGCCUGUAUAUGACAAACACCAUGAUGCUGCACAUGAAAUCAUUGAAACCAUUCGGUGGGUGUGUGAAGAGAUCCCAGACCUUAAACUGGCAAUGGAAAACUAUGUCCUUAUCGACUAUGACACUAAGAGUUUUGAAAGCAUGCAGAGACUUUGUGACAAGUACAACAGAGCUAUUGACAGCAUUCACCAGCUGUGGAAAGGGACCACUCAGCCGAUGAAGCUAAAUAAGAGGCCUUCAAAUGGCCUGCUGAGACAUAUCCUACAGCAGGUAUACAAUCAUUCAGUGACUGAUCCAGAAAAGCUUAACAACUAUGAACCUUUUUCCCCGGAGGUGUAUGGAGAGACCUCGUUUGAUCUGGUGGCUCAAAUCAUAGAUGAAAUUGAGAUGAUGGAGGAAGACACCUUUGUGGAUCUGGGCAGCGGUGUUGGACAGGUAGUCCUGCAGGUUGCUGCAGCCACCAACUGUAAGCACUUCUAUGGUGUGGAAAAAGCAGAGAUUCCAUCCACUUAUGCAGAGGCAAUGGAUAGGGAAUUUAAGAGAUGGAUGAAGUGGUAUGGAAAAAAGCAUGGAGAGUAUACACUGGAGAGAGGAGAUUUCCUUUCAGAAGACUGGAGAGAAAGGAUAGCAAAUACAAGUGUUAUUUUUGUGAAUAACUUUGCCUUUGGCCCAGAGGUAGAUCACCAGCUGAAGGAACGAUUUGCUAAUAUGAAGGAAGGUGGAAAAAUUGUAUCCUCAAAACCUUUUGCACCUCUUAAUUUUAGAAUUAACAGUCGGAACUUGAGUGAUAUUGGCACUAUAAUGCGUGUUGUUGAACUGUCUCCACUAAGAGGCUCAGUGUCAUGGACUGGAAAGCCUGUUUCCUACUAUCUGCAUACAAUAGAUCGUACCAUACUUGAAAACUAUUUUUCUAGUCUCAAAAAUCCUAAACUCAGGGAGGAGCAGGAAGCAACAAGGCGGCGUCAGCAGAAGGAAAACAAGGACAAGAGCAACACCACCACUCCGACCAAGCCGAAAGAGCACAAGGAGUCAGGCGGUGAGGAGGAGACCUCAGCAGCCCUGCUACCCGUUAAGCCGUCACCUAAACCUCGUCGUGCCAAGCUACUGGCCAAAGGGCGCAAGCUGGGCAACAGAAAACGUGGCCGGCCUAAGAAAUCCAUCACUGCAACAGCCACAGAACGCAAGACCAUUAAGAGCCAGACUGCCCUUGAACUACUGCAUGCCAAGACUGUCUCAGCAGUCCCACCUCAGGAUGCAUACAUGUCACCUCAAAGUCCGUUCUACCAGCUACCUCCCAAAGUUCAGCAUCACACAGCAGGCCAACUGCUCCUUGCCCCCAUGCCCCCAGGACUGCAAACUCUGCUUGAUAAUUUCAAGGUUCAAUAUUUGCAGUUACUGGCUUACAUGAAAACACCACAGUACCACACAAACUUACAACAAGUGCUGGAGCAGGAGAAGCUCAGAAACACACAACUAUCAGGACAAGCCCAACAACUGAUGAAUGCGUGUCACACUCACAAGGAAGAAAUCAAGUACCAGUUUCAGUCCAAACUGGAGGAGCUAGGAGUUAAGGCCGUGACAGUGGAAGACUUGGUACAGGCUCAAAAAGAGAUAAUGGCCCAUAACAUGCAGCUGAAAGAGCAGACUAAGCAGCUAGAAAGAGACAUGGCUGAGCUGAAAGACCAGAGCCUAUUGCUGCUAAAGGCUCGCUGUGAGGAACUGAAGCUGGACUGGGGCUCUCUGUGCCUGGAGACCUUUCUGAAAGAAAAGGCUGCUCUGCGUAGACAGAUCUCUGAGAAACAGCGCCACUGUCUGGAACUUCAGAUUAGCAUAGUAGAGCUGGAAAAAAGCCAAAGACAGCAGGAGCUACUGCAGCUAAAGUCUUCCUACAGCCCAUGUGAUGACUCAGCCUAUCGCAAAAGCCUUCCGAAUCUGGAGUCCCAUCCUAUGCCAGAUGCUGAUGCCCCUAGACUGGUUGGGAUAAAUGGCCUCAGUCCUGAGUUGUCUAUCAAUGGUUCAGCCUCUCCUACCUAUGAGCAUGGAGGCAGCAAUAACAGUAAUGGCAGGAAUGAUCUGCUGUCUCACUACCUGCCCAUUUCCCCUGAACAUGAGAUUGUGCCACCUACCCCAGAGUCUCGAAAUAAAGUUGUCGGGCAGCCACUGCCUGACUACACACGUUUUUCUCCAGCCAAGAUUGCCCUGCGCAGACAUCUUAACCAGGACUCUUUUGUAGGUCAGGCCAGAGUGCCCAGCACCUUCCACAGGGGUGAUGUUGCUGUGUCAUCUCCAACUCUAAAACAAGGUUCCUCAUCACCAGGCUCAGCUGAUCAACAAACAACCACAGUUAGGAGUGCAGAAAGAAUAAGUAAGGAAAAGAUUCCAGCAGGCCCAGGAGACGGUAUUACAAGUCUUCCUAUCAGCAUCCCUCUCAGCACUGUACACCCUAACAAGCUUCCUGUUAGCAUUCCACUGGCCAGUGUGGUGCUGCCCAGCCGUGCUGAAAGACUGAGGAACACUCCAAGUCCUGUGUACAAUCGGGAACUGUCAGCAGUUCAAAGCAACAGCAAGCAGCCUCUAACCCCUAACUCAGGGUUCACCUCCAGCUCAGGGUUGGUGAAUGGCUGCCACUCUGUUGCUCAAACAUGUGAUCAGGACUGCAACUCAGGGUCUCCUUCACCUCACAACACCCCACUGCUGGGUUUACAUUCACGUAGUUUAGGCUCCAGUCCUCAUCUGAGCACAGGAGGAGUGCUGCAGUAUGCGGACAGACCUCGCCUUCCCACAGAUGAAAAUGAGAAUCAUGUUCUUGAGUCUGAUUCUGAGCCUCUGGACAGUGAGGCUCGUCGCCACAUUUUUUUCUCUUCCGCCUCCUCUUCCUCCUCCUCAUCUUCCUCUGCUGGAGGCCCACGCCCUCAUAAUGGUUCAGCCAAGCAGGGAAAGCACCACAGCAGUCAUCACAAUCACUCACAGGGUUCUUACGGCUCUGAGGGACGAAAGAAAGGCCGUCGAAAGCGCAGCUCCUCUAACCUUCUGCCAGUUAUCGGUUCCCCUAAAAGGCGGUCCUUCCCUGGGCUUAGUUGCUCCAGCCAUUCCUCAGGUUCUCCACUUAAUAUCAACAUCAUGGUAAGCAACAUUACUCAGCCAUUGGAGAUCUCAGCCAUAUCGCCUCCAGAGCCGUCAGGUCGCAGCCCAUGUGAACCUGACCUAGAUCAGCCACCAGUGCUAAAGAGAGAGCGCCCUGUGGAGCUCAAUGGCUCAGGUCGCUACUUGUCUACCCCUAGCUCAGAGGAUGAGGAUGCCAGAUAUCCAGCAGACAGCAGCUCCUCACGAAUUGAAAGAAAAAUUGCAACAAUUUCCCUUGAGGGCCGAGAAAGUGACAGAGUUUUACAGGGACGUAAAUCUGGGCCCAGCAGUGUAAGCAGUGAAGUCUCCUCUUCCUCUUCUAGCAAGUGGAAGUCCACCUUUUCACCCAUCUCUGACCCAAAGCCCCCUUCAGAUUUCCGCCAGAGUGGCUCCCCCUUCUGUGUUGGCAUGUCCCGUGGCGGAAGUACAGACUCGGAUUCAGAGCCAAAGCAGCAGAGAAGACUAGAUCGGGAACGCAGUGAGCAUUAUGGAAACGCCAAACCACGGGAGGCCUUUUCUAAGCAGAAACCACGAGAGUGGGAGCGUAAAACCGCUGGUGUACUGGCAAGCCAGAACCUGUUUAUCUCUGCAGCAGCAGGUGGAGGUCUCCUGAGUGGAAAAGUUGGUGUGCCUACAACAGUUUCCUCCACCUCCUCUGUGGCACAUUAUUUCCCUCUGGGUGGAAACUCUGUCUUGCAGUCACUAUUUGGAGUGCAGUCUCCCAGCUCGACCACCAGUGGGCCUCCACGGUUGGCUAAUGGCCACUCUGCUCUAGGCAGCUUUUCCAGUGCUGGAUUGGCAGGGGGAGCUGCAGGAGGGAUUUUUCACCACAUGGUGCCUUCAUCUCAACAGUCUGGCUCCAUAAACUCCCUGCUCAGCCUCUCUUCCCCUCAACAAAGGAAUCUGGACUCCAAAGCUGGGGCCUUAUUUAUGGCGCAGCAUGGACGCACACAUACUGUCCUGCACGCUCCCUCACCUCCCACGCUUUCCCUGCCGCCUCUGCCUCCCCUUCUCAAUGCUGCCUCCUCCUCCACUAUUUCCCAGCCCUCCCCACCUGAGAAGGGGCAGUCCUCCCUUCAGACAAUGCGUGUAGCCUCUUCAUCCCCAUCUCCUGCAUCUGUUACUUGCGUCACAGCUACACCUGCUGCUGCUUCUUUUACCUCUUCAUCACGGACCUUUACUCUGCCAUACCUGCCUCCUCCAGUUGCUUCAAGUAGCAGUGGGUCAGUGAGCUCCUGGAGGACUCAGGUGCCCUACACCACCAGGCCCAAAUAGGAGGUGCUGAGAAAAGAAGGUGAGUAUAAAAAGUGGUUUGGGGGCUGAACUGUUGGAGAAUUCACAGUGGGGAACAACUGUAUUUUGUGAUCAGUCUACUGCCUCAGCCUUGGUGAGGUAUGUGCUUUGCUUUUGUGUGCUUGAGUUUCUCCUUAAAUGUUUUCUGGAUAUGUUGGAGUGUGUGAUAGCAUAUAAAGUUAUUGCUUUCAUUUAUAAUGAAUCUUUCUUUACAGGUAACUGAAGCAAUCUACCUCAAUCCAGUCUAACCUAUGCAAUGGACAAGUGGGACCAGUGGUGCUCUUCUCCCUCACUUGAGCUUCAAUGUUUUCUAGAGCCACCACAGUAAAAACUGUAAUGGGUAUCAAAACUCAGCAAAGAUGCAGCUGACCAGACAUGGGACAAGCACCAGACACACAUACACAAAAAAAAUACACAUAUACAUUCAAAACAUAAAGACAGCCCUGUGCUCCACUCUGAUAACCAUUAAAAAGGGUGGCACAAGAUAAGCUCUUUAACAGUUUUAAAUGUUUAGUGGAUGGUUAACUCCAGUCAUGAUUAGUGGAGCUUUUUAUGAGAGUUUUGGAAUGCUACAAGUGUGUUCAUCAUUUGACAAUUUUUUACUAUUAAUGAGUUUCUUUAAAUUUUUAUAUUUUUCGAAGUUUUUUAGCCAUAUUUAAACAAGACAUGAGUGAAGUGUAAUUUGUAUUUCGUAACACUCACUCUAUACAGUAGGAUAGUUCAGCAUUGUGUUUUUCUCAAGUUUGCCAUGAAGUCUAGGACACUUUUUUUUUUUUUUUUUUUUUUUUUUUUAAAUCUUGUUUGUAAUAAUUUUUAAACUUUCCUCCCAUAUGGUGUACAAAUACAUCAUACACACAGUAGAUAAAGCACGCACAAUCUGGCAAGCAUAGCACUUGUGUUUUAAAAUGUGAACCAAACAAAAGCACUGGGUUGUUAAACACUUGUUUUUUGGCAUCUGUUAUGUCUAAUUGUCUCUUACCGAAACCCACGAAGGUAAACUUUGAGCUUAGUGUUCAGAUGAUUUAACCAAGACAAAUAAACAUCUGUGGUGCUUAAAAGAA